AUGUCUCUUCUCUUGACAGUUUUGGCUCUCACCGUUGGACUCCAUCAGGGUGCUGGAAAUGAGAAACACGAUGCAGCUUUUAAUGCGUUGUCCACGGAUUUGCCCGAGAGGCAGAAAGAAAUAGUUGACAAACACAAUGACCUACGGAGAAUAGUGGAGCCAAGCGCUUCCAACAUGCUGAAGAUGGAAUGGAAUGGGACAGCUGCAAGAAACGCCAAAAGCUGGGCAGACAAGUGCAUUUAUAACCACAGUUCUACAGACAGAAGAACAAUCGAAAAUGGUCAAGUAUGUGGUGAAAAUCUCUUCUAUUCAAGUGUUCCUAAAUCAUGGUCAGACGCGAUCCAAGCGUGGUUUGAUGAAAACGCCGACUACAUCUAUGGAAAGGGGCCAAAGACAAAGAAUGCAGUAAUUGGACAUUACACUCAGCUGACGUGGUAUAAAUCCUAUAUGAUCGCCUGUGCGGUGGCUCAGUGUCAGCACGACAAAUACAAAUAUUUCUACGUUUGCCAUUACUGCCCCGCGGGCAAUGUCCUGGGAGAAAACUUUUACAAGCCUUACAAAGAAGGAGAGCCGUGUGGAGAUUGUCCUGAUGCUUGCGAUAACGGGCUGUGCAGUAACCAAUCCUUGCAAACUGAAGAUGUGUUCUCCAAUUGUGUCCGUUAA